AUGAAUCCGGCUUCGGCGCCCCCUCCGCUCCCGCCACCCGGGCAGCAAGUGAUCCACGUCACUCAAGACCUAGACACGGACCUCGAAGCCCUCUUCAACUCGGUGAUGAACCCCAAGCCCAGCUCGUGGCGGAAGAAGAUCCUGCCCGAGUCGUUCUUCAAGGAGCCCGACUCCGGCUCGCAUUCGCGCCAGUCGAGCACCGACUCGUCCGGCGGCCACCCGGGGCCCCGGCUGGCCGGCGGCGCCCAGCACGUCCGCUCGCACUCGUCGCCCGCGUCGCUGCAGCUGGGCACCGGCGCGGGCGCCGCGGUCAGCCCCGCGCAGCAGCACGCGCACCUCCGCCAGCAGUCCUACGACGUGACCGACGAGCUGCCGCUGCCCCCGGGCUGGGAGAUGACCUUUACGGCCACUGGUCAGAGGUACUUCCUCAAUCACAUAGAAAAAAUCACCACAUGGCAAGACCCUAGGAAGGCGAUGAAUCAGCCCCUGAAUCACAUGAACCUCCACCCAGCUGCCACUUCCACACCAGCGCCCCAGAGGUCCAUGGCCGUGUCUCAGCCGAAUCUUGUGAUGAAUCACCAGCAGCAGCAGCAGAUGGCACCCAGUCCCCUGAGCCAGCAGAACCACGCCCCUCAGAACCCGUCUGCGGGGCUCAUGAGCAUGCCCAACGCGCUGACCAGCCAGCAGCAGCAGCAGCAGAAGCUUCGGCUUCAGAGGAUCCAGAUGGAGAGAGAGAGGAUUAGGAUGCGCCAGGAGGAGCUCAUGAGGCAGGAAGCCGCCCUCUGCAGACAGCUGCCCAUGGAGGCCGAGACUCUCGCCACCGUUCAGGCUGCUGUUAACCCUUCUGCCAUGACCCCAGACAUGAGAUCCAUCACUAAUAAUAGCUCGGAUCCUUUCCUCAAUGGGGGGCCGUAUCACUCGAGGGAGCAGAGCACAGACAGCGGCCUGGGGCUGGGGUGCUACAGUGUCCCCACGACCCCAGAGGACUUCCUCAGCAACGUGGAUGAGAUGGACACAGGAGAAAACACAGGACAGACACCCGUGAACAUCAACCCUCAGCAGACCCGUUUCCCUGAUUUUCUUGACUGUCUUCCGGGAACCAACGUUGAUCUAGGAACUUUGGAAUCUGAAGAUCUGAUCCCCCUCUUCAAUGAUGUAGAGUCCGCUCUGAACAAAAGCGAGCCUUUUCUAACCUGGCUGUAA